UGAUAAUAACAAGUUAACUUCUGGCAAUUUUAUAUUUAAACAUUUGUUUUUAACACCUAAACUUUACACAAAAUAUAACUUUUCUUCAAAAACUCAGAUAUCAUGGAUGAAACUGAAAUAAAGUUAGAAUUUCAAAAUAAUGACAACCAGUGCCGAGUCUGUCUCACCGUUGGACGGAAACUGUCACCGUUAGGCGAAUACUACACCAUAUUUAAAAGGAUAAUUUCAGAAUUCCAUAAUCUAAAUCAAUUGUUAUUGGAAGAUAUACAACUAUGCUGGGAAUGUAUAGCGUUUCUACAUAGAGCUAGAAUAUUCCAGAAGAAAGUACUAAAAGCCAAUGAGGUGCUGCAGAUGGGGCAGAGGUACAUGUACGACACUCAAUCAAGUCUAACCACCGUAUUACUGAAUGAUAUACACCCCCAUACGGUUUACAUCAAUGAUUGUACCUUACAUUCAAACGUCAAAACUUGUGAUGACAAAAAUGAUGAAAUCAGUGAACAAUAUGAAGAUAAUAUUUGUGAACAAAAUGAUGCUGAAGAUUCUGUGAAGACUGAAGGAGUUAAGGAAAAUAAAGAACAGCAGAAACCGAAAAACAAUCGCUGGGCUAAAAAACGAGCUUUGCAAAAUAAAAAACCGAAAUUCAAAAUUAUCACCGAGUAUUCUAAAGAUUACUUCAAAAAGAUAGAGAUAGAUAAUAAGGAGUUACCUUUAUUUAUGCAGAGUGAAAGAGACAGCGAAUACUUUAAAUCAAAAAGGUUUAAAUGUGAGAAAUGUGUUUUGGUAUUUUCAAGUGAAAAGUUUCUUGAGAAACAUGACAAUAAAUAUCAUGAUAAGUUAACCCCAUACACCUGUGAUAUAUGUACAUCAUCAUUAUCAAACAAACGCCUAUUAUCGCGUCAUGUGAAAUCACACUAUAAUAAGUACAGCUGCACAAUAUGCGACUUUGCUUGCUUCGACAAAUCGCAGACGAAAUGCCACUUUCAGAAAUCGCAUCGGAAAAUAUUUCAAUGUGUUAAGUGUGAAUUGAAAUUUGGGUGUCGAAAAGAAUUCUUUAAACAUUACAAACAAUGGCACGAGAAGUUUAUCUGUGAUUAUUGUGGGAUUAGCUUCAAAAUGAGAUAUUGUAUCAAAGAUCAUAUUAGAAAACAGCACGGCGAGUUCGCAUGCGUCCCCUGUAACAAGCGCUGGGCCCGCUACAACGGUCUCUGGCUCCACAACAAGACGACGCACGCGCCCCGCCAGCCCGCCUACUGCGUCGAGUGCGACACUCACUACGCAGACGUGUAUAGAUACAGGUGGCACCUCGCUAACAGUGCUAAACAUACCAAGCUUAAGAAACAUAGGUAAGUUAUUAAGGCCCCUAGAUUUUUGUGGGGCCCGUUUGUUCCGACCUUAAUCCGGUCCUGCUCACUACGCAGACGUGUAUAGAUACAGGUGGCACCUCGCUAACAGUGCUAAACAUACCAAG